GGCCAUUGAGUGUAUGCAUGGGCAGAGUGGGCUGUAUAUCACUACGUCUCUCUUGUGCCCAAAGUUGCUAAUUAUGCGCAUAGGUCUACUGAGCCUGCAUUCUGUCGGCAACGCACAACUCCGUGGGAGGAGGAAAGGUCUUGGCCACUAGAGAGAGAGAGGGAGAGCGAGAGAGAGUCGUGCGUUAAAUACAAUCUCACCGGGAGCUACAGUCGCGGCAGCAGCAUCUUUGCCCAGAAUCGAGGAAGGAUACACUUGCCUACCUCUUCUUCCUCCUUCUGUUGUCGCUCUUUUCGUGUCCGAGGGAAAGUUGGCCAGAGUUUGCACUCACUCAGCAUUUGCUUUUGAGCGUGGAACCAAUGUCUUCCCCUUGUUCUCAGUACCGACGCUAAGGUUCUCGAGUGGGAAACACACAACAAAGUCGAAAUUUUUUCCAGUGCUCAGACCGGCCGGGUCUUUGCAGAAUGGGGUUCACUCUCUCGCCUCAGUGGCUCCUGCCACUCUUGGUGGCAACUUUAUCUACGGCGCAAGACCCACGGAGCCCCGAACCGGACCAAGAAAUUCCGGAGGGAGCAUCCACCUUGGCGUUUGUUUUUGACGUGACCGGCUCGAUGUAUGACGAUCUGGUUCAAGUCAUCGAUGGAGCAUCGAAGAUUCUGGAGACGUCCCUCAGCAGACCCAAGAGACCACUGUACAACUUCGCUCUAGUCCCCUUUCACGACCCAGAGAUCGGACCGGUUACCAUCACGACGGACCCGAAGAAGUUCCAGGAUGAGCUGAAAGAGCUGUACGUCCAGGGGGGUGGAGACUGCCCGGAGAUGAGUGUUGGGGCCAUCAAGAUCGCCUUGGAGAUCUCCCUGCCGGGGUCCUACAUUUACGUCUUCACAGAUGCCCGAUCCAAAGACUACAAGCUGGCCCACGAGGUCCUGCAACUCAUCCAGCAGAAGCAGUCUCAGGUGGUGUUUGUGCUGACAGGAGACUGUGAUGACAGGUCACACGUUGGCUACAAGGUGUAUGAGGAGAUCGCCUCCACCAGCUCAGGGCAGGUGUUUCACCUGGACAAAAAACAGGUCAACGAGGUUCUGAAGUGGGUGGAGGAAGCGGUGCAGUCCUCUAAGGUUCACCUUCUCUCCACGGACCACAAAGACUCCGAGUCCAACACAUGGCCUCUGCCCUUUGACCCCAGCCUCAAGGAGGUCACGGUGGCCCUCAGUGGCCCCGCGCCCAACAUAGAGAUACGCAACCCUCAGGGUAAGCUCAUAGGACCCAGUGAUGGUCUGACAGAACUCCUGCACAUUCGCAACUCUGCAAAGGUCCUCAAUGUCAAAGAUCCACAACCAGGAAUGUGGACCAUCAAGAUCUCCAGCAAGGGUCGCCACUCUGUGCGCAUGUCAGGCGUCAGUACCAUAGACUUCCGGGCCGGCUUUUCCAGGAAGCCCACACUGGACUUCAAGAUGACCUCCAGUCGGCCUGUGCAAGGUAUUCCCACCUUCAUCCUGCUCAACACCACUGGGCUGGACCCCCCGGCGCGGCCUGACCGGCUGGAGCUGCUCAGCAUCACAGGGGGCGUGCUGAAGACCCUCCCCAUCCGCUACUUCCCCUCGCGGGAGCCCUACGGCAUCUGGAACAUCACAGAGUUCGUGCCGCCCAACGAGGCCUUCUUCCUGCGUGUCACUGGCUAUGACCGCGACGGAUUUGUCUUCCAGAGAGUGUCCAGCGUGUCCUUCUCCAGCAUUGUCCCUGAUGCCCCUAAAGUGCAGAUGCCGGCGCGUACCCCGGGGUAUUACCUGCAGCGUGGGGGCAUCAACUGCCUAGUGGACAGUCUCAUCCCGUACACCGUCCGCUUCACCAGGGAUGGUGCACGACUUGGGGUCGACCAACUCUACAAGGAGGCAGCGACUGCUGUGUAUGAGAUUGAUCAAGUGUCUUUGAAGGACGAGGGCUUCUACGAGUGUAUCGCUAUUAGCAACGCUGGAACAGGUCGUGCACGCACCUUCCUAGAUGUCUCAGAGCCUCCUCCAGCUAUCUCGGUGCCCGCCAACUCCACAGUGUCCCCCGGUGGCCGUGCUCUGCUCUCCUGCCAGGUGGCCAGCACAGUGCCCUUCAACCUCACCUGGCAGAGAGGGGGUGUGGACACCCGCCUGGACCCCCGCACCCGCCUCACACACAACCUCUCUAUGGAGCUCCUCGCCGUCACCCCCGACGACGCUGGAUGGUACACCUGCCUUGCCACUAAUGAGGGUGGAGCAUCAAGUGGCCGAGUCUACCUCAAUGUGCAAGAACCGCCACUGGUUAAUGUGGAACCACAGAACCAGACAUUCCAGGCGGGUCAGGAGGUUUGGAUCCGCUGCUCGGCUCAGGGCUUCCCUACACCCACCGUGGUUUGGACCCACAAUGACAUGUUCAUCAUGGGCUCCAGCAGGCACCGGAUGACCCCUGAUGGGACGUUGGUGAUCAGGCAGACAGUGAAGAAAGACGCUGGGGUGUAUGGAUGCCUCGCCAGCAAUGUGGCUGGCACACAAUCACAGACCUCUGUCAUCACCUACAUAGAAUCCCCUCGGGUGACGGUGCUCCAAAGCGAGCUCCUGAUUGGACUGGGGGAGACGGUGGUCAUGGGAUGCACUGCCACAGGGAUUCCACAGCCUGAGAUGCACUGGUACAAAGGUGAAUCAGAGCUGCAUGCGUCUGCGUCGGUGAGCGUUGACCCCAUACGAGGCACUCUGAGUGUGUCACAGGCCCAGGAUGCUGACGCGGGAGACUACACCUGUGUGGCCGUCAACCCAGCCGGCACGGACCAGGGCCUCAUCACACUGGAUGUGGGAUCUGCCCCUGAGUUCACGCUGCGGCCCACGGACGUGGCUGCGGACAUCGGCUCCAACGUCACAAUGUCCUGCCAUGCCCUCGGGCACCCAACGCCAGUCGUCACCUGGCGCCGUGACGACAACCUGGCCCUCCUCUCCCCUCUGCACGAGCAUAGCUCCGUCACGCAGACACGAGAGGGACACCUGCACAUCAGCGAUCUUUGGGUGGAGGAUGAAGGCUUGUACUGGUGUGAGGCACAAAAUCCCUUUGGAAAGAUCCAGACACAGGCCACAAUCAGUGUCACUGGGCUGGUGCCUCCGGUCAUAGCUCUGAGUCCUGCAGCAGUGAGUGUGGUGGAGGAUCAGCAGGUGACUCUGCCCUGUGUGCUUCUGGCUGGAAACCCACUGCCAGAGAGACGCUGGAUCCACCACAACGGCCUGGUGCUGUCGGACUAUCAUGUGAGUAUCCGUAAAGAUGGCAGUCUGCACAUUGAGCGUGUUCGACUGCAGGACGAGGGAGACUACACCUGCCUGGCAGAGAAUGUAGCUGGCUCCAGCAACCAAACCACCACCCUCAAUGUAUACGUCAUGCCAAGCAUUCAACAUGGCCCUCAAGUCUUCAGUACAAUAGAGGGAACUCCAAUCUCUUUGCCCUGCAAUGCCAAUGGAGUACCCAAGCCUGAUAUCACCUGGUCAAAGCGUGGGGAGCUGUUGGACCUGAGUAGUUCUGCAUUCUCGUUGCGUGAGGACGGUUCCCUGCACAUCACGUCUCCUGGAGGGAACGAGUCGGGGGAGUUCCUCUGUACCGCCACCAACGCAGCCGGAUACGCCUCCAGAAAAGUCCAGCUCACCGUCUACGUGAGACCCAGACUGAAUGGUGGAGAUGGUGCAGGGCAGCAUGUGUCUGGGGGGCCGCUGGAGGUGACUGUGAUUGUGGGCAGUGAUACCACCCUGCCCUGUGAGGUCCAGAGUGUCCCCCCACCAGUCAUCAGCUGGUCCAGAGACAGACAGCUCAUCUCCCCUCACUCGCCACGGCACACACAGCUUCCCUCUGGCUCUCUGAAAAUUCUGGACACGCGUGUGGCAGACAGUGGCCUCUAUGUGUGUGUGGCCUCCAACAUUGCCGGCAACUUUACACAGACUGUCCGACUAAGUGUCCACGUCCCUCCCAGCAUCCAGCCAGGGCCCCGUCUGAUGAAGGUGCAGGUGGGCCACCCCGUGGAGCUGCCCUGUGUGGCCCAGGGCGUGCCGGAACCUUCCAUCAGCUGGCUGAAGGACGGCACAGCCCUGGAGGUGAGCAGGGGCAACUACCGCUCCUCUGUCGACGGUUCACUAACGCUGAGGAAGGUGGGUCUCGAUGACGAGGGGGUCUACACCUGCAGGGCCAGCAACAUCGCUGGACAAGACGAGGCCAACAUCCAGAUCCUGGUCCAAGUGCCCCCAGUGGUGGAGGUGUCAGAGCCUCCCUUCAACAGCCCUCUUCAAGAGCGCGUGGCCAACCAGCGCAUCGCAUUCCCCUGCCCAGCCAAAGGCACUCCUAAGCCGGUGAUUAAGUGGCUACGUAAUGGCGAGGAGCUGACAGGGGGGGAGCCCGGCGUGUCCAUCCUGGAGGACGGCACGCUGCUGAUCCUGGCGUCCGUGUCCCCGCUGGACAACGGCGAGUACGUGUGCAUGGCCGUCAACGAUGCCGGCUCCACCGCAAAGAAGUACCAACUGAAGGUGAACGUGCCACCUGACGUUCGAGACAAUGGGUUGCCAAACAACGUCUCAGUGGUGAUGAGCCAGCCUACCAGCCUGCUUUGCGAUGUCACAGGAAGCCCCACCCCAGUCAUCACGUGGUAUAAGAACGAUGUGCUGGUGGUGCCCAGUGGGAACGUGCAGAUCGUGCAGCAGGGGAAGGUGUUGCGUCUGCAGAAGACAGCGGUUGCUGAUGCUGGACACUACUCAUGUCGGGCAAUCAACAUCGCCGGCAACACAGAGAAGGACUUCCACCUGGAUGUGCUUGUCCCCCCCAGCGUCAUCGGGACAGGUGCACCCCGAGACGUCUCCGCCAUCCUCAACAAGGAGGUCAACCUGGAGUGCAGGGUCAGAGGGGAGCCGUUUCCCACAAUUCAGUGGUACAAAGACAGGAAGCUGGUAUUUGUGGGUGACCCUAAUGUAGAGGUACUAGACAGAGGUCAGGUUCUGAAGAUUAAGAGUGCUCGUUUGGGAGACCAAGCCCACUACCACUGCAGCGUCACCAAUGCAGCCGGAAAGCAGUCCAAAGACUUCAACCUCAGCAUAUAUGUGCCCCCAAGCAUCAAGGGUGGUAACAUGACGUCGGAUGUGACGGCGCUGCUGGACACCAUGGUGACUCUGGAGUGUGAGGCGCGGGGCGUGCCCCUGCCCGCCAUCACCUGGCUGAAGGGCGGCGAGCCGCUUCUGUCCAGCCGGCAGACGCAGUACGUAGACCGCGGACGCCUCCUCAAGAUCCCGCGCGUGCAGGAGGCUGACGCCGGACGCUACACCUGCAGGGUGACCAGCGUCGCCGGCACAGCCGAUAAACACUACCACCUGGAUGUCUAUGUUCCUCCCUCCAUCCUGGGUGGAGGGGACAUCCCGGCGGAGCGCAAGGUGGUGUUGACCGAGGGUCUGACUCUGGAGUGUGAAGCGGACGGCCACCCUGCUCCCGCCCUGAGCUGGCUCAAAGAUGGCGUUCCGGUACGUUCCGGAGAGAAGCUCCAGGUCCUGGACCAGGGUCGCCGGAUCCAGGUCCUCAACGCCAGCCCGUCCGACACCGGACGUUACGUGUGUGUGGCAACCAGCGUUGCCGGGGAAACGGAGAUGAAAUAUGAUGUCAGCGUUCUAGUGCCCCCAGAUAUAGAGGGAGUGGAGGAGAAGACUGAUAUGACUGUUGUCAUCAACAACCUGCUGGAACUGGAAUGUGAUGUUACUGGAACACCUACACCUGUUAUCACUUGGCUGAAGGACGGUCAGCCGGUGAGGCAGGGGGAGAGGGUGCGCAUUGGGAGUGGGGGUCGGCGGCUGGUCAUCUCUCGUGCUCAGGUGUCGGACACGGCACGCUUCCAGUGUAUUGCCACCAACGAGGCGGGAGAGCAGGAGAGAGAGUUCAACGUGGCUGUGCAUGUUCCUCCAUCCAUCCGCUCCACGGGCCAUGUAGAGCGCUCAGUGGUCCUCCAGCGUCCCAUAAGCCUCCAGUGUGUGGCCAGUGGCAUCCCUGCUCCCAGCAUCACCUGGCUCAAAGAUGGCCGCCAUGUGGACACCACACAAGAGUAUCUGAAGCUGGAAUCAGGUGGGAAGACUCUACACAUCACCCAGGCCAGACUAGAGGAUGCUGGGAAAUACACGUGUGUGGCCACCAACGCUGCUGGCGAGGCCCAGCAACACAUCCGACUCAGCGUCCACGAGCCUCCCAGCAUCCUAUUUGACGAAGACUCUGUCAAUCACACCAUCGUGGCCGGCUACCCAACUCAGCUGAAGUGCAAGGUGUCAGGAAGUCCAUUGCCAGCUGUGACCUGGUAUAAGGACGGGCGACCUCUGAGCUCAGCGGCCGGCGUGACCCUGCUGAACCGGGGUCAGGUGCUGGAGCUCAGCCGCGCUCAGGUGUCAGACACCGGGGCGUACCGCUGCGUGGCAAUCAGUGUAGCGGGCAGCACGGAGCUCACACACACACUCCAGGUGUAUGUGCCUCCGUCCAUCUCCAGUGAUGGUGGGCUGGUGUCAGUGGUGGUGAAUGAGGCCGUGCGGCUGGAGUGUGAGGCCUCAGGUGUGCCAACACCCGGCCUCACCUGGCUCAAGGACGGCAGCCCAGUCACCAGCGUCUCCCCGGGCCUACAGGUGUUGUCUGCAGGCAAGUUGUUGGCCUUCAGCAGUGCCUUAGUGAGUGAUGCUGGCCGCUACACCUGUGUGGCUGUCAAUGCUGGGGGAGAGACCCAAAAGGACUAUGAUCUUAGAGUCUACGUGCCGCCUAACAUUAUGGGCGAGGAGGUGAAUGCCACGGUGCUGAUGGGACGGCCGGUGGAGCUGCGUUGCCAGAGCGAUGCCAUCCCCCCACCAACACUGACCUGGCGUAAGGACGGGCGCCCGCUCUACAGAAGGCCAGGCACCACAGUGUCUGAGGACGGCAGUCUGCUGAAGAUAAGCAGUGCUCAGGUGCAGGACGCAGGCAGAUACACCUGUGAGGCCACCAAUGUGGCGGGCAAAACCGAGAAGAACUACAACCUCAACGUGUGGGUGCCCCCCAGUAUCCGUGGCUCUGAGGAGGUGUCUCCUCUAACGGUGGUGGAGGGCAGUCUCAUCUCCCUAGUGUGUGAGUCCAGUGGCAUCCCCCCACCCAGCCUCACCUGGAAGAAAGAUGGCUCUGAGUUGAAAGCAGACGCUCGUGUGCGUGUUCUCUCUGGCGGGAGACAGCUGCAGAUCUCCAGUGCAGAACACACAGACACCGCCUCCUACAACUGCCUGGCAUCCAGUGACGCCGGCAAUGCCAUGAAGGAAUACAGUCUGCAAGUUUAUGUUCGCCCUUCCAUCAGACGCAGCGGGCCAGCGGAGCUGACGGUGACCCGCGGCACCGACGUCACGCUGGAGUGUGAGGCUGAGGGCGUGCCCCGCCCCGCCAUCACCUGGCUGAAGGACGGCCGGCCCGUCACCCACGGCAACGGUGCUCAGGUCCUCAGCGAUGGGCGCCUGCUGCAGAUCCGAGAGGCCCGGGUAUCGGACACGGGGCGGUACACGUGCGUGGCCGUUAAUGUGGCCGGGACCACCGACAGCAAGUAUGACGUCAAUGUGCACGUUCCCCCCAGCAUCACGGGUCAGACUGUGGCGCCUCAGAAUGUGAGUGUGGUGGUGCGGAACCCUGUGACUCUGACGUGUGAGGCGUCAGGCAUCCCCCUGCCCUCCAUCACCUGGCUCAAAGACAGCAAGCCCGUCAGCGCCUCCAGCUCUGUACGCAUCAUCUCAGGGGGUCGGAGCUUGCGUCUGAUGCAUGCAGCAGUGGAGGAUGCUGGGAGAUACACCUGCAUUGUGUCCAACCCUGCUGGGGAGGAGCGCAUGAACUUUGACCUGGACAUACUUGUUCCUCCCAGUAUAGUGAAAGGGGGGACAGUGGAGGAUGUGAAGGUCAAGGACAGACAGAAUGUGACGCUGGCCUGUGAAGUUACAGGUAACCCACUGCCUGAGAUCACAUGGCUCAAGGAUGGGCUGCCAUUGGUCAGUGACCGGCGUCACCAGGUGAUGUCACACGGCCGCUUUCUCCAAAUCAUAGCCGCCCAGGUGUCUGACACGGGCAGGUACAGUUGCCAGGCGACCAACAGUGCUGGGGACCGCAGCCGACACUUCAAUCUCAAUGUGCUGGUGUCUCCCACCAUCGUGGGCUCUGGUCCUGAGGGCUCUGCUGAGGAGGUGACGGUGACUCUGAGCAGCCCCACGUCGCUGGUGUGUGAGGCGCAGUCCUACCCCCCCGCCAUCAUCACCUGGCUCAAAGAUGGCGCUCCUUUCCAGUCAGGACGCAACGUACGAGUGCUUCCAGGUGGGCGAACGCUGCAGAUCCUGAGGGCACAGGAAGAGGAUGCCGGCAGGUACACGUGCGUGGCCACCAACGAAGCUGGAGAGACGCUCAAGAACUACGAGGUCAAAGUUUAUCUGCCUCCUGUGAUCAGUAAGAAUGACGUGCCUGGAGAGGGUCUGGCCCCAAAGGAGGUGAAGAUCAAAGUCAACAACACACUCACUUUGGAGUGUGAGGCGCAGGCCAUCCCCACCCCCUCUCUGCUCUGGUACAAGGACGGGCAGCUGCUGAGAGGUGAUGACCACAUCAGUAUCUCUAGUAAUGGCCGUGUAGUGCGGAUCCAACAGGCCCAGGUCUCGGACACGGGCCGCUACACCUGCGUGGCCACCAACCUGGCCGGCGAGGACGAGAAGGACUUUGAUGUAAAUAUACAAGUGCCCCCUACUUUCAGGCGUGACGGUGGAGGAUACGGGGGUCCAGGUGUGGAUGUGAAGGAUGUGAUCUUGAAUAACCCCGUCUCUCUGUACUGUGAGACCAACGCUGUCCCUCCACCCACACUUACCUGGUACCGCGAUGGACAGCCACUCACCUCCAACGAUAAAGUACUCAUCCUGCCUGGUGGUCGUGUCCUGCAGAUCCCCAGAGCACAAGCAGAGGAUUCUGGGAGAUACACGUGUGUGGCUGUGAACGAGGCUGGUGAAGACUCCAUCCAGUAUGAUCUCAGAGUGCUGUUGCCCCCCACUAUCCGUGGCUCUGAGGCAGACACCCCAGAGGAGAAGACCGUGCUGGUGAAUAAGACCACCCAGCUGGAGUGUGUGGUGGAUGGAAGCCCCACACCCCAGAUCAGCUGGCUCAAGGACAACCAGCCAAUCACAACCGGCGGCUCACUCCGCAUCUUGUCCAAUGGCCGCACACUACAGGUGGUUAACGCCCAGGUGACCGACACAGGGCGCUACGUGUGUGUGGCUGAGAACCUGGCAGGGAGCACAGAGAAAUCAUUUAACCUGAAUGUGCAUGUGCCUCCCUCCAUAGUGGGGCUAAACCCAGAGAAUGUAACGGUGGUGCUCAAUAACUUUGUGUCUCUGAGCUGCGAGGCCACAGGCUUCCCUCCCCCCUCCCUCAGCUGGCUCAAAGACAGGAGGCCAGUACUGGCCAACACCAACGCACUUAUCAUGCCAGGAGGCCGGACGCUGCAGAUCCUGAGGGUGAAGAUGUCUGAUGGAGGAAAGUACAACUGCGUGGCCAUCAACCCCGCAGGAGAGGCUCAGAAGCUCAUACACCUCACUGUAUUCGUCCCCCCCAGUAUCAGGGACAGCAGUGGGGACUCUCCCGUGUCGGUGAGUGUGCGUGUGGGGAACUCCGUCACUCUAGAGUGCGAGUCCAAUGCCGUCCCGCCACCCACCAUCACCUGGUACAAGAACGGACGGCCCGUUGCCGAGACGGCCAACCUGCGCAUCCUCGCCGACGGACAGAGGCUGGAGCUGAAAGGGGCAGAGGUGUCAGACACUGGCCAGUAUGUGUGUAAAGCCUCCAAUGUGGCCGGACAGGUGGACAAGAACUUCCACCUCAACAUCUACGUUCCCCCCAGUAUAGAUGGGCCUGCCGUGGAGCGUGUGGUGGAGACCAUCAGUAACCCCGUCACCUUCUCCUGUGACGCCUCCGGCAUCCCCCCGCCCAACCUCACCUGGCUCAAGAACGGACGACCCAUAGAGAACUCAGACUCUCUGGAGAUGCACAUCGUGUCCGGGGGCGGUAAGCUGCAGAUCGCCCGCUCCCAGCUGUCAGACUCGGGCACCUACACCUGCCUGGCAUCCAACCUUGAGGGCAAAGCCCGCAAGACCUACCACCUCACCAUACAGGUUCCACCCAGCAUUGUGGGCUCUGAUAUGCCGAGUGAAGUUGGUGUGCUGCUGAAUGACAGCGUGCAGCUGGUGUGUCGAGCAAUAGGAACUCCACCUCCCAUAGUCCAGUGGCUAAAGGAAGGAAAAGCCUUGACCCGAGAAGACCUGAAGAACAUCAGGAUGAGCCCAGACAACAGCACUCUGACAGUAACUCGAGCUCAGCCCUCAGAUGGGGGUAAAUACACCUGUGUGGCCUCCAACAAAGCAGGGGAGGAGGACCGCAUCUUCAACCUCAACGUAUAUGUCCCUCCUGUGAUUCAGGAUAACGGCGGCCCUCCGGUGGAUCUGACGGCGGUGCUGGACAGCUCCGUGACUGUGGAGUGUGUGGCGGUGGGCUCCCCUCCCCCGCAGCUCAACUGGCUGAAGAACGGCCUCCCGCUGCCCAUCUCCUCGCACACGCGCCUGCUCUCGGCCGGACAGGUCCUCCGCAUUGCCCGUGCUCAGGUGGCAGAUGGUGGCAGCUACACGUGUGUGGCCUCCAACAGGGCGGGUGUGGACAACAAAUACUUCAACCUGCAGGUGUACGUUCCUCCUACCCUGGAAGGAGCAGGCAGUGUGGAGGAUAUCACCGUGGCAGCAGGUAGCCAGGUGACCCUGGCGUGUGUUGCGGACGGGACGCCCCCACCCACUCUAAAGUGGCAGAGGGAGGGGUUGACGGUGCGGCCGGAUGCCCACCUCAGUGUGCCCAACCAGGGCUCCACGCUCCACAUCCGCAGUGCCAACAUCAGCCACACGGGGGGCUACACCUGCACGGCAGCCAACCAGGCUGGAGAGGCCAGCAGGCACUACAAUCUUAUAGUACUGGCUCCUCCUCAGAUCCGGCGCGCGGGCGUGCCCACUGAGGUGUCGGUGGUGGUGAGCCACGUGCUGGAGCUGCUGUGUGAGGCGGACGGCGUGCCUCCCCCCACCAUCACCUGGAUGAAGGACGGCAGACCCCUGCCUCAGACCGAUGGCGCGCGCCUGCUCAGAGGAGGAGAGGUGCUGAGGGUGGCCUCUGCUCAGGUGGAGGACACAGGGCGGUACACAUGUCUGGCCACCAGUCCCGCUGGAGAUGAUCAUCGGGAGUUUCUGGUGAGAGUCCAUGUGCCACCAAACAUCGCUGGAGAGAGCACCCCACAGAACGUGUCAGUGCUGCAGAACAGACAGGUGACACUGGAGUGCAAGUCAGACGCCGUCCCUCCCCCGACCCUAACCUGGCUUAAGGAUGGGGCCCCUCUGCAGGUGUCUCCACGUCUGCGUAUUCUGUCUGGAGGCCGCUACCUGCAGAUAAACAACGCUAACCUGCCUGAUGCUGCCCAGUAUACCUGUGUGGCCAGCAACGUGGCUGGGGAGACCAGACGCCAGUUCAACCUCGCUGUCAACGUGGCUCCCACCAUAAAGUCUGGCCCUGAGUCGGUGUCAGUGCAUGUGACCCAGCCUGUGCUGCUUGAGUGUGUGGUGAGUGGAGUUCCAACCCCGCGUAUCACCUGGAGAAAGCAUGGAGCCAUCUUAGCCAACAGCAAUCCAAGGUACACAUUUGGAGGGGACGGCUCGUUGCGCAUCAGCUCUGCUCAGGUGACAGAUACAGGCCGCUACCUGUGCAUGGCAACUAACCAGGCAGGCACCCAGCGCAGGAGAGUGGACCUACAGGUGUAUGUUCCCCCAACCAUUGCUUGGACCUCACGGAAUAACAUCACAGUGACAGUGAAUGUUCAGACCACUCUCUCAUGUGAAGCCACUGGCAUCCCCAAACCCACAGUCUCCUGGGCCCGCAACGGCCGACCCCUCCACACCGACCACAACCAGAACAUGUACAGGUUAUUGUCGUCAGGGUCUCUCGUCGUCAUAGCGCCCACGGUAGAGGACACGGGCGUGUACGAGUGUGUGGUGACCAAUGAGGCUGGACAGGACAACAGAACCAUCACACUCACUGUACAGGUUCCUCCUUCAAUUGCGGAUGAGGCCACAGAACUGGUGGUGAACAGACUGUCUCCGGUGGUGAUCGGGUGCACUGCAUCUGGAGUGCCUGAGCCCCUUGUGCACUGGACCAAAGAUGGCCUGCGCCUCCCCAGUAACGGACAGGGCUACAGCAUCCUCCCCUCUGGUCCUCUCCAGAUCUCCUCUGCUGAACUCAGCCACUCUGGCCGCUACUCCUGCAUCGCCAGGAACGCCGCUGGCUCCGCCCAUCGCCACGUCCACCUCAGUGUGCAGGAGCCUCCAGUGAUCCAGACGCACACCCCCUCCCUGGAUGUGAUCCUGAACAACCCCAUCACCCUGCCCUGCAAAGCCCAGGGCACACCACGACCCACCAUCAGCUGGCAGAAAGAGGGCAUCAACAUCCUCACUACAGGAGGGGGCUUCUCAGUUCUGCCCAGUGGUGGGCUGCAGAUCUCUCGUGCUCGGGCAGAGGACACGGGCACAUACAUGUGCGUGGCACAGAACCCAGCGGGCACUGCUCUGGGCAAGACUAAACUCAGAGUACAAGUUCCCCCUGAGAUAAGCUCUGACAGUAAAAGUAAAAGCUACACAGUCGCCAUGGACACAGCGGUGACUCUCGAGUGCCAGGUAGAUGGGCAUCCGGCCCCUACCGUGAGCUGGCAUCGAGAUGGGAAGCCAGUGGAGGAGUCGGUGCGGGUGAGGGUCCUCAGCUCGGGCGCCCUGCACAUCGCCUUUGCCCAGCCAGGAGACACGGGCAAAUACACCUGCAGCGCUGCCAACGUGGCGGGCACUGCCAGCCUCGACAUGAGCCUCACCAUCCAGAUUCCUCCGUCCAUCCGUGAGGAGGAGCGGGAGCAGUGGGUGGUGGAGCACUCCUCGGUGCAGCUGCCGUGCGUGGCGGAGGGGGUGCCCCAGCCCAGCCUGGUGUGGGAGAAGGAUGGCACCACCCUCGGUGACAGCGCUGGGGAGUACACCAUCCUGCCCUCUGGAGAGCUGGCCAUCGACUCCGCUCAGCCUGAAGAUUCUGGGAGUUACACCUGCAUCGCCUCAAACUCUGUGGGCCAGGACAGUCAAACGGUCACUCUGUCUGUUCAGACCCACCCUGAGUUCAGUGAGCUGCUGGGAGACGUCUCGCUCAACAAGGGAGAGCGCCUCCUGCUGGCCUGUGGGGCCACUGGCAUCCCCGCACCUAAAAUCACCUGGACCUUCAACAACAACAUCAUCCCAGCUCAAUUUGACCAUGUGAAUGGCCACAGUGAGCUGGUGAUUGAGUGGGUGAGCAAGGAUGACUCUGGCACAUACUCUUGUGUGGCUGAGAACGCUGUGGGCUCCAUCAAAUCUCUGGGCUUUGUGUAUGUAAAAGAGCCUCCAAUCAUAGAUGGAGACAGUCACUCCAACCGCAUCGAGCCCCUGGGCGGGAACGCCAUCCUGAACUGUGAAGUGCGGGGCGACCCCCUGCCCACCAUCCAGUGGAGCAAGAAGGGAGUUAACAUCCCCAUUAGCAACCGCAUCCGCCAGCUGCACAACGGCUCGCUUGCCAUCUACGGCACCGUGGGUGAGGAUGCUGGCAGUUACAUGUGUGUGGCCACCAACGACGCAGGGGUGGUGGAGAGGAGUGUUACGCUCACCCUGCAGAGUGCUCCCACCAUCACGGUGGAGCCGGUGGAGACGGUGGUGGACGCUGGCAGCACAGUGGUACUGAACUGCCAGGCAUCCGGAGAGCCCACGCCAGUCAUCCAGUGGUCCCGCCUCGGUCGCCCCCUGCUAGCCAAUCCGCGCUUCAUGCAGCUUACCAACGGCUCACUGCAAUUGGCCAGUGCACAGAAGGAGGACACUGCCGAGUAUGAAUGUGUGGCACGCAACCUCAUGGGCUCUGUGUUGGUCAGAGUGGCACUGACCGUACGCGUCCAUGGCGGCUUCUCGGAGUGGAUGGAGUGGGGUCCGUGUAGCGUGUCGUGUGGUGAGGGCGCGCAGCGCAGACUCAGACAGUGUAACAACCCUCUCCCGGCCAACGGGGGGCGCCACUGCGUCGGCAGCGACACACAAACACGCACCUGCCAUGGCAAACCCUGUCCAGUGGAUGGGAGGUGGUCAGAGUGGUCUUCUUGGGAGGAGUGUUCUCGUACCUGCGGUCAUGGCAACAGGACACGAGUGCGCACCUGCAGCGACCCUCCCGCCCAGCAUGGGGGGCGAGCCUGUGAGGGGAAGGCUGUGGAGGCCAUCAUGUGCAGCAUCAGACCCUGCCCUGUGGCUGGUAACUGGGGGGCCUGGCUGCCCUGGGGCGCGUGCAGUGAGACGUGUGGUAAGGGCACUCAGACACGCGUGCGCCUGUGCAACAACCCCCCGCCAGCCUUCAAUGGCCCACCUUGCGCCGGACCCGACACCCAGACACAAGUGUGCAAGGAGAGACCCUGUCCAGUGGAAGGGAAGUGGUCAUCGUGGGUCAGCUGGGGGGCGUGUAGUGUCUCCUGUGGGGGCGGAACCAGGCAGCGCACACGCCUCUGUGCAAGCCCCGCCCCCCUACAUGGAGGGCGGCAGUGUGAGGGGAACGACAUUCACAUCGACUUCUGCAACAGCGAGCCCUGCCCGGUCCAUGGGAACUGGGGCCCAUGGGGCGGCUGGGGUUCGUGCAGUCGCUCAUGUAAUGGCGGUCAGAUGCGCCGGCACCGCAGCUGUGACAACCCUCAACCGGCCAACGGGGGGCGCACCUGCGCAGGCUCAGAUGCACAGACUCAGCGCUGCAGCACGGCCAGCUGCCCUGUGGAUGGUAACUGGGGACCUUGGCAGGCCUGGGGAGAGUGUUCAGCUUCCUGUGGGGGUGGAGAGAGAACACGGACCAGGCACUGCAACAACCCAUCGUCUAGCAACAAGGGUCGUCCCUGUCCAGGAGACUCCACUCAGCUGUCCAGGUGUAACGCACAGGCAUGUCCAGGCGGUCCCCAGAGAGCCCGGGGCAGCAUCAUUGGAAACAUUAAUGAUGUGGAGUUUGGCGUCGCCAUUCUAAACGCCACCAUCUCUGACAACCAGUCAGGACCCAGGAUCAUCCAGGCCACCAUUUCCAAUGUCCCACGUAGCCUUGGUCCUGCCAUGAGGAAGCUUAUCUCACUCCUGAACCCCAUCUACUGGACGACAGCCCAGGAAGUGGGCGAGGCUGUAAACGGCUACACCCUCACGGACGGCAUCUUCAGACGCGAGACACAAGUAGAGUUUGCUACAGGUGAGAUCCUGCGGAUAACUCAUGUUGCCCGGGGGCUGGACUCUGACGGCGUGCUGCUAUUGGACAUUGUGGUGAACGGCCACGUCCUCCAGUUGCCGUCUAAUGCAGACAUCAGCCUCAAGGACUACUCUGAAGACUACAUUCAGACGGGAGCAGGCCAGCUGUAUGCUCAGUCCACGCGCAUGUUCAGCAUCGACGGCGUAAGCGUGCCCUACUCCUGGAACCACACCAUCAGCUACGAGCCGGGCCGCGGGCGGAUGCCCUACCUGGUGGAGACGCUCCACGCCGCCUCCAUCGCGGCUCAUUACCACCCCCUAGAGGAGGUGCUGGAGUACACCAUCCAUGCUAUCAUCGCCAAGGGUGACCGUAGUAACCAGUGUCCCGGUGGAUUCCGUCUGGAUCCCACUGGUCCAUACUGCUCAGAUGAGAAUGAGUGUGAGGAAGGUAACCCCUGUUCUCACACGUGUCACAAUGCCAUCGGCACGUACUACUGUUCCUGCCCACGAGGACUUACCAUAUCAGCUGAUGGAAGGACAUGCCAGGACAUAGACGAGUGUGCACUGGGAGGCCACACCUGUCAUAAUGGGCAGGACUGUGAGAACCUCAUUGGCUCCUACCGCUGUGUGAUGCGCUGUGGGCGGGGCUUCAGGAGGACCACUGAUGGGCUGAGUUGCCAAGAUGUGAAUGAGUGUAAGGAGUCGAACCCGUGUCACCAGCACUGUCUGAACACCAUCGGCAGUUUCCGCUGCGCGUGUGAGCCAGGCUACCAGCUCAGGAACCGACGCUGCAUUGACAUUAAUGAGUGCAGGCAGAGGGUGUGUCGGUCGGACCAGCAGUGUAAGAACACACGCGGCGGGUACACCUGCAUAGACCUGUGCCCAUCGGGCAUGACAAAGGGUGGCAACGGCACGUGUGUAGAUGUAGACGAGUGCCGGGAUGGAACACACCAGUGCAGGUACAACCAGGUGUGUGAGAACACACGCGGCAGCUACCACUGCACCUGCCCACGGGGGUACCGCUCCCAGGGCGUGGGCCGACCCUGUCUGGACAUAAAUGAGUGCGAGGCUGUGCCCGCACCGUGUGCCCACCGCUGUGUCAACAGCCCCGGCAGCUUCAAGUGCGUGUGCCCGCCCGGCCUGCAUCUCCUAGGCGACGGGAAGUCGUGUGCCGGGCUGGAGCGGUUGCCUAGCUACCAGAGCCUCACCUACGGCUACCAAGGGUGGCAGGGCACCCCCCAGCGCCGCUUCCACAGCCUCGCGGCCCAGAGUUUCGACUCCUACCCCCGCCCAGCAACCCCCUCACGCACACGUAGGCAUGCCACACUCCCACGCCUCCACCCGCACCCAAUCCCUCACGUGUGCCCCCCAGGGUUCAGGCCAGAGGCUGGCCGCUGCCUAGACAUCAAUGAGUGUGAACAGCGUGACACGUGUCAGCACGAGUGCGUGAACACACCUGGCAGUCACAAGUGUCUCUGUCCCUCUGGCUACCGCCUCAUGACCAAUGGCAAGACCUGCCAGGACAUAGACGAGUGUCAGGAGCAGAACAUCCAGUGUGGGGCCAACAGGAUGUGCUUCAACAUGAGGGGCAGCUACCAGUGCAUCGACACGCCCUGCCCCCCCAACUACCAGAGAGACACUGCCACUGGUUUCUGCCUGAAGAACUGCCCGCCCAAUGACCUGGAGUGCGCGCUGAGCCCCUACGCGCUGGAGUACAAGCUCCUCUCGCUGCCGUUCGGCAUCGCCGCCAACCAGGACCUGAUCCGCCUGGUGGCCUACACGCAGGAGGGCGUGGUGCACCCUCGCACCACCUUCCAGGCGCUAGAGGAGCAGGACGAGCAGAUGCCGUUUGCCCUGCGCGACGAGGGCCUCAAGGGGGUGCUGUACACCACACGGCCCCUGCGCCAGCCGCACACCUACCGCAUGAAGGUACGGGCGCUCUCCUACGGCGCCGACGGCAACAUUGACUACCACACCACGUUCAUCGUCUACAUUGCCGUGUCCGCCUAUCCCUACUAAAGGAGCACUUUACGAUGAUGGGGGGAGAGAGAAAAGGAUGGAGAAUGGACAGAGUAAUAUCUCUUUCAAAGCAAGAGGUUGAGUGCAUUUUUUUUUGUGAGUGUAUGUAUGUGAUUGUGUGAGUGUGUGUUUGUGUGUGUACAUGUUUGACAAUUUUGGACAUCCGCCACUUGAAGGGAAAAACCUGACUCCAGCAAUCCUAUCCUCUGUUGGAGGGACUGCCAGCCAAGUGCGGUAUAGGGCACGGCUCCACAUCGUUCUCUGGUGGCUUGGAGGUUUUCCAAACCUCUCUCCUAUUGUUGGUCUGUGCGGGGACCUUAAAGUGAAGCGAUGAUGGCAGAACCAAACGGUUAGAUGGCCUACUUAGGCGUGUUUCAAGUUGAGGGAUGGAGAUACAAACAAAAUGCAACCAAAUGGCUACAUCUACCUAUUAACUUAUUAUGUGCUUGAAAAUGGAUGAUGUUCCCCCCAUAUCAGCGCAUCAUCAGCAAGAGGAGACACAGUUGAGAUUGAUCAGAAAUGGUGCUUGUGUAGGUUACAUGAAACCACAAGGGGUUUGGGUUGUCCCUCUCCCCACCCAACCUCAGGUAAGCAUACAAGUCCAGUGUAUAAUAGCCCCACCUCUUUCACUCUUAUGUGUAUCCGCAGAUAUCCCACUACUUCAGUCCAGUCCACUAUUCCUACUGUCUCAUACAGCCACGGACUUCAGUCAGUACAUAAGAUGUAUUCUAUUUUGAAUAUUUGUAUAUAAGCGUUUUUUAUUCUGUAAUAUGAUUCUAUACUGUACUCUAUUCAUGUCUUUUGUAAAAAAUGAAACAAUAAAUGUACAACACAAAUCAA